AUGCCCGCAGGCCUGUCUGUCUGUCUGUCUGUCUGUCCCUCCGUCCCCCCUGCCCCCUCGAACCGCGGCCUCUGGUUCUGGGUGCGGAAGAAAAGCCUUGGUUUUGCUGGCCGUCGCGACCUCUUGGCCGAUUACUGGAAAUCUCAGCCAAAAAAAUUCUGCGAUUACUGCAAGUGCUGGAUAGCAGACAACAGACCUAGCAUUGAGUUUCAUGAAAGAGGAAAGAAUCAUAAAGAAAAUGUGGCAAAAAGAAUUAGUGAGAUUAAAAAGAAAAGUUUGGAAAAAGCAAAAGAAGAAGAAAACAUGUCAAAAGAAUUUGCAGCAAUGGAGGAGGCUGCAAUGAAAGCCUAUCAAGAGGAUUUGAAAAGGCUUGGAAUUAAGCCAGAUGAUGUAGGUCCCAGUUCGACACAGGGUAAAACUCAAAGUAACACAGUGGAAACUAAAGGAAAGAAAGAAAAGAAAGAGAAGAAGGAAAAGAAGGAAAAGAAAGAAAAGAAAAAAAAGACACCUCAGGACACCUCAAUGCCACCAAAAAUUGAAACGAAGGAGUGGGUGCAAGGAUUUUCUCCCGAAGGCUAUACAUAUUACUACAACACAAGAACAGGAGAAUCACAGUGGGAGAAACCUAAAGGAUUCCAAGGCAACUCUCAAAACUCACAAACGGCAGCAGAGUGGGUAGAAGGUGUCACUGAAGAUGGUCAUACCUAUUACUAUAACACGCAAACAGGAGUAUCCACAUGGGAGAAACCGGAUGGUUUUGUUUCAUCUUCAAACGAGAAGAGUCAACGUGACAAGCAUUCUGAAGAGUUUGCAGAAACAGAUUCCAAAGCAUCUGAAUCAGACUCAGAAGACAGUGAAAAUGAAGCACAGAGUUCAGAAACAAAUUUCAAGAGGAAAGGAGAUAAUGGUGAAGAAUCAGAGGAAGGGAAAAAAUCUCCCAGAGCUAAAAAGUUAAGUCCUUAUGGGAAAUGGCGAGAAGUUAAGCCAGAAGAAACUGUUGAUAAAGAGGACAGUACAUCAGCUUCCCAAGAAACCUCUAGUGAUGCACCUAACAAGACCAACCCUUAUGGAAAAUGGAAAGCAGUUAAAGAAGAAGCAGAAGAAGAUGAAGAACCAUGUGAAAAAGUGGACCUGGAGCUUCCUAGUACAGAGAGUGACAAUCUACCGCCUCCGGUGCUAGAGGUUCCAGAAGAUGCAACAGUGAUAUUUAAAGAGAAGACAGUCACCUCCCUUGGAGACCUGACAGAAGGGGUGCCAACAUUUAAAAAGAGGAAAUUUGAAAAUGGAAAAUCUAGAAACCUAAGACAAAGACUAAGUGAUCAGUAAUACUUAACAAAUCAUUUUAGAUUCUGUUUAAGCUAGAGUGAAUCAAAAGUUUAAUAUUUUAAACAGGCUUUUAUAAAGAAAAUGUUGGAUAGAAAUUAAGGAUUUAUAGGUAUUAAAAUAUGUGAGUUGUAAUAUUUUUUUAUUUUAUUUUGAUGUGAUUGAUUGUGGAAUGGAAGUUUGUGUUAUAUUACUUAUGCAAUAUUGUAAAUACAUUUAUUUUUUAUUUUAACCAUGCCAUCUAAGUUCGAUUUGCUCUGUGUAUGCUGUUUCAAAUACAUUGCAUAAGGUUUUUUACUCCUUUUCUAAGUAUGGGAGAAUGUAGUAAUCCUUAAUCUGGCAAAAAUGAUGCAGACCUUUUAUUUUUACAGAGGAACUGGAUCAGUGGCAUGUACUAGAGAGUAAAAUCAUCCCCCAAGAUUGUUUAUGUGGAGUAGUUUCCCAACUAAUGAGUAAAAAUACUGUGCUUACUAACCCUUGGCUAAUCGCUUGCAAAAGAGUAGGUGGUGAGACUGCCAACAUUUCAAUUUGAAAGCUGUUUUUAGAGGAGUUAGUCACAUCAGUGCCACUCAGUCCAAAUGACGUUCUGAAAAAUUAUUUGUGUACAUGCAUGAUAAAUGUAUUAAACCCCUGCAGAAGUUUUAAACCUGAUGAAUCUUAACUUUUAAUAAUAGCACCAGAGCCAUCCCUGUUGGAGUAGAUAUUUCUAUGGUGUAUUCCUGUUCUAUUAAUCUUUAUUGUUUCUCUACUUGAAUUUUUCCUUCUUUUUAUGUGUCAAGGGUUUGAGGUUUGUUGUUUUUUUGGUCUUGUUUUCUUUCUGUCUCUUUCGCUGUAAAAAAACAGUUGCCUGACGUUUUCAUGAAAAAAUAUUCCAAAGACCUGGCCCUGCUACAGCAUACAGCACGCUUUUUGAGGUUGAUGGGUUUUGUCUGUUGAUUAUAGGAGUGUAUUGAAUAGUUGCAGUGUUCACUAAGCUGAGAGGGGCUAAGCUUCAUCGUUCUCGGUACCAUAGGAGAGGAAAACAAAAGAGGCACAAGUAGAGCUGAUGGCUGUACUGUCCCAGAUGGCUUGGACAUUUUCUUAAGGAUUGUAGAUUUGAUUUCUUCACUUGGUGGGAUUGGUCUGCAUUCAGCAUCAUCAAGAUUCAGUGGCUGCGUAAGAACAUAGCUACGCUCCUUGCUUCUUUAGUUAUCAAACAGUGGACCAUAAAGGUUCAAAUCAUGACUCCGUUAAAAAAUAUGUCUCUGUUCCUAAAGCUCACCAUGUUUUGUUCAGGAGAGUCUCAGUCAAAAACAGAAGGUGCAGUUAAGACAGUUGUCAGAGUGCAGCUACAGCAAAACAGAGUCAGUAACUGCUGAGUUUGAAUUUAAUUGAGAAAAUGACUGUUAAUCUGCCAGAUCAGCGGCGAAAGGAGUGCAAGACAGGGAAUCUGGUUUAUCAUGUAUUACAAAGGAAACUGAAGUCUGUUUUUCUAUUCUGUGACUUUUUCUCUGUGUGUAGAAGAGAGUUAAGUAUUGUAUUUAAUCCCAUGCGUUUCUUUGGCUUCAUCGGGGUUGUAUUUCUUCUGAUGUUUGUUGUGAGAAAUUUGAAAGUUUCCUGUAAUACCUAGCUCUGAAUUGUCAUUUAGAGAUGCAGGAUGGGUGCUAGAUGCUCUCACGGUCAUAGAUGCAGGAAUGUGCAACAUGUACUCCACAAGAAAGACCUCACAUGCAAGGCUAGAAGAGAAAUGUCCUUUCUGCUGCGGAGAGGUUGUCAGGUUUCUUAAAAAACAAGUUUUUCAGGUUUUGUUCUUACUCUUAGUUGAACACUACUCCAGCAGCUAGGAGCCUGUUCCAACUUGAAGCCUCGCUGUGUUUGUGGCCAGUUUACACUCAUUUCCUCCCAAUUUACACAAGUAUUACCCUUCAGCUAAGUAGCUUUUCUUCCUCUUGAAUCCAUUGUGUCUUUUCUCUUUGAAAUCACAGGACCUUCAGUGCUCCGCCAGCACUUCUCUUCAUCCAUUCCAGCCCGAGUUUGCCUUGACUCUAUGUUCAAGGAAGAUUAAGGCCAUGCGUGAUGUCACUAAUACUUCCUUAGCGUAUUGGAAAUAACUCUUGAUACAUCCCUAAACCACAUUUGCCUUUCACAUGACUGCAUCAUGCUGUCUGCCAUGGGUGCCCUGUGAUUUCCCAGUACAACUAGCUCUUUCUACUCCUUUGCCAUUGUCAGCUGCUGAGGUAAAGCUGAUCCCGCUUUCUGUUCAAGCCCAGAGUUUUUUUCUUACAGAUUUGUUUUGUACUGCUGUACUCAUCCUGCUUCUGUCACGCCAAGCCUAAAGUAGAUACAUUUCUUUACUAUCUCUGUAAAAUGAUUUUAUUGUUUAUUAGUACAGUUUUACACAG